CCACAGCAGAACGAAGCUUCUCCUCCUCCUCAUCAUCAUCAUCCUCAGCAGCAGCAGUGGAGGCAGCAAGGACGACAGACAAAGAGACAGACAGAGAGAGAGAGAGACAGGCCUCCUCAGCUACCUCAACUGCCCGUCGGUGAUGGCCGACCACAUGUGUGUGUGUGUGUUGUAGGUGGGUGUGUUCUGUGUGUGUGAGAUGGGUAACACAGAGAGCAUGGAGAGCCAGUUGGCUGUGAUCCGCUCCAGAGCAGCUCCAGUCCGACUCCCAAUGCCCGACCCAGCCGAGCUGGAGGAACGGUUCUCAAUUGCACUGAAUUCAAUGAACCUGCCUCCCGAUAAGGUGCGUCUUCUGCGUUCCUAUGACAACGAGAAGAAGUGGGAGCUGAUUUGUGAUCAGGAGCGGUUUCAGGUGAAGAAUCCUCCUCACACCUACAUUCAGAAACUCAGAGGCUUCCUAGACCCGGCCGUCACUCGCAAGAAGUUCAGAAGACGAGUUCAGGAGUCGACUCAAACUCUCAGAGAACUCGAGAUCUCUCUUCGUACGAAUCAUAUCGGGUGGGUCAGAGAGUUCCUGAACGAGGAGAACCGAGGUCUGGACGUUCUGGUCGAAUAUCUCUCAUUCGCUCAGUACGCCGUCAC